AUUACGUAUUUUCCGGUUCCGGCCUGGGAUCGAGUGAGGCGACAUGAAACUGCUCACCCACAAUCUCCUGAGCUCCCAUGUGCGGGGCGUUGGGCCCCGUGGCUUCCCCCUGCGCCUCCAGGCUACCGACGUCCGCGUCAAUCCCGUGGAGUUCAACCCAGAGUUCGUAGCUCGGAUGAUCCCCAAAGUGGAGUGGUCGGCGCUUCUAGAGGCGGCCGAUACCUUGCACCUGAAGGAAGUGCCCAGCCAGCCGACUGAGGGGUAUGAGCACGACGAGGACUUUCUGAGGAAGAUGCACCACGUGUUACUGGAGGUGGAGGUGCUGGAGGGCACCCUGCAGUGCCCAGAAUCUGGACGUCUGUUCCCCAUCAGUCGCGGAAUCCCCAACAUGCUGCUGAAUGAUGAGGAAACGGAGACCUAACUGAUAAGACGCCCACCAGCUUGACGUUUUGUGACCUGUUAGUGUUUUGUUAACGAAUGUUCUGUUGUCUUGUCAUGCUUAGCCCCAACCCUGACCCAGUGACACACCAAACACAGUGUUCUUGAGCUCCAUAGUAUAUCUUUUUUUCUCUCUCUCAUUAAAGGUUCAAAACCAAAA